UGACAGCCAUAUGCUCUUGUCGAAGCGCCAUAUAGCAAAUAUCGCGGCGAAGUAUGGGCCCCCUCUCUGCAGUCCUCUGCGUCGUGUUGCUUGCUGUGAACGCCUGCUCUGCCGCCUCGGUCAACCCAGAGGAUUAUGCCGCUGACGACGCGGAGCGGACCGCAAACGACAACAUCUUCUUCGAUGACUAUCGAGGGAAAGGAUGUGUGGACGACAGCGGCUUUGUGUACAAACUCGGGGAGCGGUUCUUCCCCGGACACUCGAACUGUCCGUGCGUGUGCACAGGGGACGGGCCCGUCUGCGACCAGCCGGAGUGUCCCAAGAUACACCCAAAGUGCACCAAAGUUGAACACAAUGGUUGCUGCCCCGAGUGCAAGGAGAUUAAGAACUUUUGUGAAUACCGCGCGAAAACGUACAAGAUCCUGGAGGAGUUUAAGCCUUCGCCCUGCGAGUGGUGCCGCUGUGAGCCAAACAAUGAGGUUCACUGUGUGGUGUCGGACUGCGCCGUGCCCGAGUGUGUCAACCCCGUGUACGAGCCGGAGCAGUGCUGCCCCAUCUGUAAAAACGGUCCAAACUGCUUUGCUGGAACCACGAUCAUCCCUGCAGGGAUCGAAGUGAAGGUGGACGACUGCACCAUCUGUCGAUGCCACAACGGGGACUGGUGGAAGCCGGCGCAGUGCUUGCGGCGGGAGUGCCUCAACGGCCAAUCGUUGUCAUAG